AUGAACAGCAGAUACAUUCGCCACGGCUUGCAGAACACGGCAGAUAACAGCAGCAGCAGCAGCAGCAGCAGCAGCAGCUUCAGGGGCUCCAGACAUGACUUCCGGCCCCCCGAGUCUCUGGCUAGCCAGAGGGGUUUGAAGAGCAGCAGCCCCACUGCAGCAGCAGCAGCAGCAGCAGCAGCAGCAGCAGCAGCAGCAAACCGCUCCCCCUCCGUUUUGAAAAUGCGAAGUUCAGCUAGCCGAUCGCUAGACAGCAGAACCCAAAGCGGCAUUCACGACGGAACUGCUGCUGCUGCUGCACAGCAGCAGCAGCAGCAGCAGCAGCAGCAGCAGCAGCAGCAGCAGCAGGCGAAGACGAAUGGAAACGCAGUACCGAAUAACUCUUAA